AUGAAACGUUUCGACUGUAUAAGAAUUGAAAUCAUCAUUCGAGUCGCAGUUUUAUAUCAUAAAAGGGAUCCAAUGCAGGCGAUACUUCGACAUAUUCUCUUUCCAGCGCCUUAUCCACCUUUUCCUAUAUCGGACUCUGAUAAAGACAAGGUGUUCUGGUUGCCAAAUAACACAAAUUCAUCGCCUGUGCCAUGCAUACUUUUCUCACCUGAAGGCCCAGCAAAGUACUUUUUUAUUUGGUGUCAUGGAAAUGGUGGUGAUAUGGGUAGUAUGAGUUAUACAGUAAAAACAAUAAGUCACGAACUUAAAGCACAUGCACUUAUGUUCGAAUAUCCCGCCUAUGGUCUGUUAUCUGGUUCACGAGUGGCGCCAAGUCAAGAGUCGAUAAAUGAUCAUGCUGAACGUGCGUAUUUAUUCGUCCGUGAUACACUCAAAUGGCCAACCGAUCGAAUUAUUCUCUAUGGACAUUCGAUUGGAAGUGGACCUGCUUGUCAUCUUGCUUCAAGGGAACCAGUUGGUGCACUUAUUCUACAAUCACCGUAUACAUCUAUUCGAAAACUCAUUGAAAAUAAAGUUCAUUGGGUUCCUGAUUGGAUGAACAUCCCAUUUUGGAAUAAUGAAGAAACUAUGGAAAGGGUAACCUGUCCCGUACUUUUCAUGCAUGGACAACGAGAUCGUUUGGUCCCAUCAGAACAAUCACAGACGUUGCACGACGGAUUAAAACAUGAAAAGAGGAAGUUGGAGUGGUCUCCUGAUGAUGAUCACAAUUCAAUUAGCGACUCAUUUAUAUCACAAAAAGUUAAAGAUUUCCUCGAUCAUUAUUUUAAAGAUCCAACAGAACCUCUGCCGGAUGUGAGAAUUGAUUCGCAAUGGCGCGAGACACCACCCAAUGUGCAAAGUGGUGGUUCAUUUCCAUUGCUUCCAUUUCUGAUCAACGCUUCAGUCAAUCUCUCAAGAGGAGCAUCUCGUGUAUCUGGCUCACGGCGUCCUGAUGACCAACAAUAA